AUGAAGCUUUCCACAACUGUCCAGGCCCUCUCGGCAGCUGCCGCAGUUUCGGCGGCUCCCCACAGCCGGCGGCAGGACACACACUCCGACCUCAUACAAGUCCAAUUCCCGCCAGCGGAGCUGAGCGCGCCGACCAUCACACUCGAGGAGGCCAUCCAGCUCAUGCAGCCCGCUGUCAACGACAUCGCAGAUGGUAUCGUGGACGCCCUCGACGGCGGCCGGAACGGGGAUGACGAGGACAUCAACAGCACCACCACACCUACCACUGCUUCGUUCGAGGAGGGGGACGAAACCAACCCCCCAGCCCGCACGGCAUGCCGAGACUCGAUCCGGCCCGAAUGGAACAGCAUGUCGGAGCCAGACAAGCUCGACUACAUCUCAGCGGUGCAGUGCCUCACGCAGGCCCCGCCGCGCGGAGGGAUCUGGCCCGGCGCCGUCACCAUCUGGGACGAGCUGGCGUUCGUGCACGGCACGCUGUCCGGGCAGAUCCACGGGGUCGACACGUUCCUCCCCUGGCACCGGUACUUCCUGCACGCGUAUGAGACGCUGCUGGCCGAUGAGUGCGGGUACGCGGGACCCAUGCCGUGGUGGCGCGAGACGGAUGCCGCGGGGGAUCUUGCGGGCUCGGGCUUGUUCACGCCCGAGUACUUUGGCACGCUGUAUCCGGUCGAGGAGGGGCACCCGGGGUAUUGCAUCUCGGACGGGCCCUUCGUUGGCCUAGUCGAUCGCCUCCACCCGGACGGCGAGGUGUGUGUCGCCCGCGGCGAGCGGACCUCGAUCAGCGCCGGCGUCACCGUGGAGAUGCAAGAGGUCUGCCAUGGCGGCGAGAACGCCGGAACGCUCCCCCAGCACAGCGCGUGCGUCGAGCUGACCAACCACUCGCGGUUGCAUAACGCGGUUGGUCCGACGAUGGCGAGAGUCGGGGGUUCGACCUAUGAUGCGAUUUUCUAUCUUCAUCAUGCGUACGUGGACUUUCAGUGGAAGAGCUGGCAGAACGCUGACCAGAGACGGUACUCUGGAGUCGAGGGUUGCGUCAAUCAUGUCGCCGAGGGGGGCGCCUGCGAGCCGCUCACGCUCGACACCGUUCUGACGUCGCUCGGGCUCGUGCCCGACUUGACGGUUCGUGAUGUGCUCGACACCGAGAACGAGACCAUGUGUUACACGUAUGAUGAUCUCUUGUAAACCCUUGUGGGUGGAGUGGGAGCAGUUGCGAGGAGCAUUGCAUUGUGAUAUCGUUAUGGGCAGCUGUGGUCUGAUUGACUAGGAGGCGAAUCUCGGUUCACGGGCCCGAGGCAUGUCAUGCUGGCAGGCAGG